UUGAAUCCAGAGAAACAUUUUGUUGGUAUGCUUGAAAGGAGCGAGAUCACCAGUUGAACUAGAUCAUUUGUCCGCUGUCGGCGAGACUGUUUGUCCUCACCUUCACGGAGGUAAACAGCAUGUGAUUUUGAUCUUUGAAGUUAUUUUACUGGCGCUAAUUGGACUUGCUACACUCUUUAGCCUUUUAGCUGCAGCCGAUCUCCAGCUGUCCAUCUCACUGCGGACUGUUUUUAACUUCAGUUUCCCCGGUUUACUCCAAGAUCGGUGUAAACUUUUGGAAGAUGGCGAGUGUGCACGAAAGCUUGUAUUUCAACCCAAUGAUGACUAACGGAGUAGUCCAUGCUAACGUGUUUGGGAUCAAAGACUGGGUGACUCCCUAUAAGAUCUCCGUGCUGGCGCUUCUGUACGAAAUGACAGCGUCCAAGAUCACCCUGCCGGAGAGGAGGAAGCUCAACAAGCUCAUUCUGCCCCUGCAGCAGGGUCCAGACCUGACUCUCGGCCAGUUCCUGGAGACCGUGGAGGAGUGCUCCCCCCAAACCGCUUAUGCUGUCAAAAUCAGGCUGCAUGAAAUGGCAGAUGGAGAGCUGAAGGACAUGGAGUUCUUCUUUUCUACCAUUCCCACUCAGUUCACUGCUUUUGAUUCCGAGGCGUAUAAAACCAGCGUUGUAGGACUUUUUAUUCGACACAUGCUGCUGGCCUACAACAAGCUGUCCUUCAGUCAGGUGUACAAGCUGUACAAAUCCCUGCAGCACUACUACCACAGCCACUACGCCAAACCUGCGGAUGAGCAGUCCAGUUUGCCGGUGCUGUCCGCCGACGACUCGGACAUGGACCUCACCAGCACCGAGGACACUGAGGGAGACAGGAUGGACAAAGAGGAGCUGGACACCACGCUGCAUGAGUCAGACCUUCGAGGUGACAGCGCUCCAAGCAGAGGUCCCCUUUCUCAAAAACAAGCAGAAUACUUUCUCGCCAGACAGGCAUAUCUUCUGAAGAAUGAUGAAAACAAAGCCCUGAAGCCCGCCGCCCUGCAAGAGGAGCUCAACAACAUGCUGAAGUUUAACCCAGACUUUGCUGAAGCGCAUUAUCUGAACUACUUAAACAGCAUGAGGGUCCAGGACAUCUUCCUCUCCACCCACAGUCUUCUGCAUUACUUUGACCGCCUCAUCUUGUCCGGUAAUGAGGGGAAAAGCAACGGGGACGAAGGAUACGGCCGCAGCCUCCGCUACGCCGCUUUGAACUUGGCAAGCCUUCACUGUCGCUUCGGCCAUUAUCACCAGGCGGAGCUGGCUCUGCAUGAGGCCGUCCGGAUCGCCCAGGAGUCUAACGACCACGUUUGCUUGCAGCACUGUUUGAGUUGGCUGUACACACUGGAACAGAUGAAGGGGUCUGACAGCACGGUGCUGACCGAGGAUUCAGUGAAAAUGGCCGCUCACUUCUGCCUGCCAUACCUGGCAUCUCUGGGCAUUCAGUCGUUGGUCCAGCAGGGGGCAACACAGGGCAAAACUGCACACAAGCUGAUGGACGCCCUGAAGGACACAGACAUCCUGCACUGGAAGCACAGCCUGUCGGAGCUGAUCGAGAUCAGCCUGGCUCAGACCACGUCCAUAUGGAGGAUGUAUGGGAAGAGCACCAUGGCUCUGCAGCAGGCCCAGCUGCUUCUCAACAUGAGUAGUCUGGAGCCGGUCAACUUCGGCGUCCAGCAGAACAACACGGAGGCCUUCGCCGUGGUGCUCUGCCACCUGGCCGAGCUGCACGCUGAGCAGGGUCUGUACAGCACCGCUUCACAAAUCAUUCAGCAUCUGAAGGAACGGUUCCCACAGCACACCCAGCAUGCCAAGUUGUGGAUGCUGUGUGAUCUGAAAAUCCAGUUUGAGAAACACAUGAACGAGGGGAAGUACAAUCUGGCAGAGCCGCUCGUCACGGCCAUCUGUGCUCUGAACAAAACCGAAGGGCUGUACAGGAAAGCUCAAGUUCUGAAGGCUCUGAACUGCAGCACAGAAGCUUACUCCAUCUUACAGGAGCUGCAGGCUCACUGCGAGAAGACGAAAUGUACAGAGAUGGUCAUCAGGGUGAUGCUGUCCACCGCUGAGCUCCACUGGGAGUCGUCUGGCUUCUCCACGGCUCUCCCUCUGCUCCUGCAGGCCUUGGCUCUCGCCAGGCAGCACCACCUGCAGUCCCUGGCCUCAGAAACCAUCCUCCACCUGUCCUUCACUCAGCUGAUGCUGGGGGUUCCCGAACAGGCCCUCAACGUCCUGCAUGAGGCCAUGGAGCCCAUCCUGGCCCACGGGUCGGUCAUGGACAAGGGCCGAGCCAUGCUGCUGGCUGCUCGCUGUCAGAUGGCAGUGGCUGGGUUCAAGCCAAACCAGCAAGGGCAAGCAGAUUCGCGUCUGGUGGUUCUGGCGGUCGACUCGCUGAACGAGGCCGCGGCCUAUUUCUCCAAGCUGGACUGUAAGGAGCGUCUGCGCGACGUGCACUACCUGCACGCCCAGCUGCACCACUCGCUCGGACAGACGGCGCAGCGCAACAAGAGCGCCAUGCUCUUCCGCGCGCUGGACCAGGAGCUGCAGUCCCCGCCGGACGCCGUGCGGCUCUAAAUGCUCCCGCCUCACCAGUGACCCGGACUCUGGAAGAAGCACCAGACGGUCUCCUGUUCACUGCUGAGAGGAGGCACUGAAACUCGCCACUAGAUGGCGUCCUGCUUCUCUCACCAGUGAAACAUUUUACAUGUAUUUAUAAGGAUCAAAUAAAUAUGAC